ACUGCUUGAGUUUUAUAUCUCCACAUCUGUAUUCUGUGAAAAGUAACAAUUUGUAAGGAAUACUUUUUCGUCUCUUUCUUUUUAGAGAAUAUAAAAAAAAAAAAAAUAUCAAAGCACAUUUAAAAUACGAAGAUGAAAAUUGGAAUUUAAUUUCGCGAAAACUUGGAACUUAUUAAGAAGAGAAAAAGAAAUAUCCAUUUAUUUGGAUAGUUCUUUGGAAACAUGGAAUCCAAGAUGAAACUUCCUUGCAUAAUAUUCAUCGUCUUACAGUUGAUGAUACAUACAUCAACCGCCACAACAUGCCCGGAACCAAGCAGUGAGGCUUCAGGGACACUCACGACAUCAGGUGACGUUUCUAGUGGAUUAUCAUCAACAGAGGCUUUUACAGUAAAUGAAACCACACACUCCACAACAGAAUAUUCGUCAAACACAAUGUUAACAGAUGUAGCAACUGCCACUCUAUCAAAAGAUGAGAUCACACAUCUCACAACAGACACCAUGUCAACAGAUUUGACGACAGAUGCUCUAUCAACAGAUGAAAUGACAACUCCCACAACAGAAUAUUCAACAGACGCCAUGUCAACAGAUGUGACAAAUGACACUCUUUCAACAGAGGAAAAUACACAUCUCACAACAGGGUACUCAACGGACACCAUAUCAACAGAUUUGACGACAGAGGCUCUAUCAACAGAUGAAAUGACAACUCCCACAAUAGAAUAUUCAACAGACGCCAUGUCAACAGAUGUGACAAAUGACACUCUUUCAACAGAGGAAACUACACAUCUCACAACAGGGUACUCAACGGACACCAUAUCAACAGAUUUGACGACAGAGGCUCUAACAACAGAUGAAAUGACAACUCCCACAACAGAAUAUUCAACAGACGCCAUGUCAACAGAUUUGACAACAGAGUCUCUAUCAACAGAUGAAACGACAAAUCCCACAACAGAAUAUUCAACAGACACUAUAUCAACAGAUAUGACAAGUGACACUCUAUCAACAGAGGAAACCACACAUCCCACAAUAGAAUCUUCAACAGACGCCAUAUCAACAGAUUUGACGACAGAGUCUCUAUCAACAGAUGAAACGACAAAUCCCACAACAGAAUAUUCAACAGACGCCAUGUCAACAGAUAUGACAACUGUCACUCUAUCAACAGAGGAAACCACGCAUCCCACAACAGAAUAUUCAACAGACACCGUGUCAACAGAUAUGACAACUGACACUCUAUCAACAGAGGAAACCACACAUCCCACAAUAGAAUCUUCAACAGACGCCAUAUCAACAGAUUUGACGACAGAGUCUCUAUCAACAGAUCAAACGACAAAUCCCACAACAGAAUAUUCAACAGACGCCAUAUUAACAGAUUUGACGACAGAGGCUCUAUCAACAGAUCAAACGACAAAUCCCACAACAGAAUAUGCAACAGACGCCAUGUCAACAGAUUUGACGACAGAGGCUCUAUCAACAGAUCAAAUGACAAAUCCCACAACAGAAUAUUCAACAGACACCGUGUCAACAGAUAUGACAACUGACACUCUAUCAACAGAGGAAACCACACAUCCCACAAUAGAAUCUUCAACAGACGCCAUAUCAACAGAUUUGACGACAGAGUCUCUAUCAACAGAUGAAACGACAAAUCCCACAACAGAAUAUUCAACAGACGCCAUAUCAACAGAUUUGACGACAGAGGCUCUAUCAACAGAUCAAACGACAAAUCCCACAAUAGAAUCUUCAACAGACGCCAUAUCAACAGAUUUGACGACAGAGUCUCUAUCAACAGAUCAAACGACAAAUCCCACAACAGAAUAUUCAACAGACGCCAUAUCAACAGAUUUGACGACAGAGGCUCUAUCAACAGAUCAAAUGACAAAUCCCACAACAGAAUAUUCAACAGACACCGUGUCAACAGAUAUGACAACUGACACUCUAUCAACAGAGGAAACCACACAUCCCACAAUAGAAUCUUCAACAGACGCCAUAUCAACAGAUUUGACGACAGAGUCUCUAUCAACAGAUCAAACGACAAAUCCCACAACAGAAUAUGCAACAGACGCCAUGACAACAGAUAUGACAACUGACACUCUUUCAACAGAUUUGAUGACAGAGGCUCUAACAACAGCUGAAACGACGAACCCCACAACAGAAUAUUCAACAGAAACUAUGUCAACCGAUGUGACAACUGACGGACUGUCAACAGAUGAAACCACACAUCCUACAACAGAAUAUUCAGAUUUGACGACAGAGACUCUAACAACAGAUCAAACGAUGAACCCCACAACAGAAUAUUCAACGGUGACCAUGUCAAGAGAUGUGACAACAGAGUCUCUAUCAACAGAUGAAACCACACAUCCAGCAACAACAUAUUCAACAGAUUCCGAGUCAACACGUGUGAUUACAGACGUUUUAUCAACAGAUAAGACUUCUCGUCCUGCAACGGAACGUUCAACAGCCUCUAUGAGUACAGAUGUGACAACAGACGCACUAUCAACGGUUGAAGCUACUCGUUUUUCUACACAUUAUUCAACAGACUUCGAGUCAACGCAUGUGGCCACAAGCGGUCUAUCAACAGAUAACAUAUCUCGUCCUGCAACAGAAUAUUCAACGACCACAAUGACUAUAGGCGUGACAACACAGACUCUAUCAACAGGUAAGACUAUUCAUACCACAACACCAAUUUUUUUCAACUACACUUGCCCAUAGUACAGAUUUUACAACGUAUAUUGCAGGAACCAACGCAACUUCACCAGCAUUAUCUACUGCUCCAGCUGAAACCACAUUUUACCAAACUUCUACUUCGUCGACUUUAAAUCCUACAACAAAAUACACAACGCAGAUUACUACACAAAAAACAUCACUACCACCAC